AUGGAUGUUGAGGUGAUAAGCGUCGACGGCCAAAGCGAUGAGAGCAACCUGGAGGAAGGAGAACUCGGCGAUGAGGAGAUUUUCAGCCAGGAGCAACCUGCCCAAGGCGAGCAGGACGCGGAGAUUCCGCCGCAGCAGCAGGAGCAGCAGCACGACCUCGCGACCGACACGAUAGACCUUACAGCAGCAGGCUGCGAGGCCGCCAUCUCUCGCUUCGAGCAGGAGUAUGAUGAUCUGCACAGAAGUGCCCAGGGAUUCGGUUUUCCGUUUGAGGCCGUGGCCGAGUUGCUGCUCAGGCAUCCGGAGCACUGGUGGUGCAGGUAUCCAGAUGCCAUGGCUGAAAUGCUGCUAUCGUUGGAUGGUGGGUGCGAAAGCGAAGGGCUGCCGUACGCGCCGGUGACUUCAGACACCAGCACAACCAGCUCGGACAGCCUCACCGGGGUAGGUAUUGUUUGGCAGACGGUGAGCCUCCAACUCUCCACGUGCAAGCGCUGCCUCCGCCGUUACCACGCCGCCAAGGAAACUGUACUGGCGAGGCUGCUCUCGGAGGAAGAACGGCCCGCCGAGACCCAGAGGCUUGAAGCGGCGGUCCUCGAACAUGACCGAGACCGGCUCCAACGCUCCUUCCGCUCUACCGGGAAAGCGCCAGCCGGAAUACCGGCGCGAUCGGACGGGGCGGGGUCCGGGACGGUAGCGACCGGACAAGGGUUAGCAGGAGUCGACGGCGAAGCCUGCAAAACCACGGGGGCUGCUGCCACUGCUUCUUCGUCGUUCCCUCUCGGGGUGGAUGGCACCCUGGCGUUCUGGGAGGUGUUGUCCUACUCGCAGCUGCUGGAGGACGGUGGGAUAGAAGGAGCCUUCUUGGCGGCCCUUUCGCAGGUUACCAGCUCCGGCGAGGGGGUCUUCUCAGGGGAAGAAUGGAAUCAGCACUGGCCUGGCGUGCUGACCCUACUGGUGCACAGGGAGGCGUCGACGAGAGCCUGGGCGCAGUCGAUGGCGAGGAGGGCCGGAGGAAUCCGCGCGAAGGAGUACGUGGAGGUGCUGAGCCCCGUCAUCGACCGCUGGGUUCCCGUACUCGAACGAGGCCUGAGCAGCGGCGGCGCCCACCCGACGGCAUCCGGGUCUGAUCCGGACAGCGACGGGGAGCGGUUGCAUUGGAGCGGACUGCACGUGGCGUUGCAGCUCUUGGAGCCAAGUGCGGCGCCGCUCUUGGCGUAUGGGUUUCCAACGUUGGUGGACCUGGCUCUGCAGAAGUUCGACGACGGUCCCGGACCCCGGGGUGUUUCCCUGUACCUGCAGGUGUGCGGCUGCCUCUCCGCUCUUCUGCGCCUCCUGGGCGCCGAGAUGUGGGAGUACAGCUCUCGGCAGCCGUCAGAGGUGCUCGAAGCCCUCGAGCGUCAGACUAGCUACGGGGACGGCGCGGACACCGCCGAUUUCAGGGGAACGGGGAGAAGAAUGCUGCCCAACGAGGCUAUCCAGAAGAAGGUUUUCGAGAUGCUGCCUUUGCUGGUGUCCUCCGCGGCUGCUGUCGAUAGGCCAUCCGGUGCUACAGGCUGGGGCACCGCGGUGUACGGAAACCAGGGGAUUGGGGGGGGAACAGAUCACCCCGGAGUGGCAGCGAGACAUAUCGAUGAUGCAGCAGCGGCAGCGGGCGUGUUGCCCGUGGCCGACGCGGUCCUAAGCUUCCUGUCGCGUGAAAUCGCUUCGCUCUCGGCGGUGGCACCAGAGAACAAUCGCGGCGCACACGGUAGGCGGCAAAUGGCGCUCGCGAAAGCCCUGCUCGGUGUCCUCGAGACGUGCUACAACGGCUCUGCAGGUGGCGGCGAGAGCGAUGAUGAUUCCGACCUGCUUGAACCCGAGAGCUGGCCCUGGAACGCUGCCGCGGCGAGCGCUGCUGCUGCUGCUGCUGCUACGAGCGGCGCUUGGUGCUACCCAUCGUGGCCUGUUCGCAGCGUGCCGUCGUGGGGCCCACGGCUCGCAGACAUCGCGGGCGACCGCAGCGGAAGGGCCUCCGGCGAGAGCACCGCCGUGGCGGUGGUUGAUCGAGCGGCGAGAGUCGUGCAGCUCGUGCUCCGGGAGCACGGGGGGGCGGCGUGGAGAGCGGCGCUUUCCGCCUUGCGGCUGCCGCCGUCGGCAUCAUCCUCCGGUAGUGGCUCUGCGUCCCAGAGCAGCGGCAGGAUGGAGGACGAGGAGUGCGUGGUACCGCUCUGUGGCCCGCUCCUGGAGCGGAUUUGUCUGGAGCUGCCUUUGAUGGACCUACCCGUCCGCGUGCACGCCGCGGUGUUUGAGGCGCACGGGUGGCUGUCGCUCCUACCGUGCGGACACUCCGCCAUCCGGGCCGCGGAGGGAAGAGGCGGGCCCGCCGCCUCGCGCGUGCUGGCGGCGCUACACUCCGGAAUGAUGUCGCAGUUCGUGAGGCUGUUCGUGCCGUACGUCCAAGGCCUGACAGAGAUCGUGAAAAACCGUGGGGCGCUCCUCGCCGCCGUACCGACGGCACGUGCGGCCCUCGAGGAGCUUGUGUCUCGCUCCGUUUUCUCCGACGGCGGGAGGCGGGGGGACCUGCGGCCGUUGCUCGGCCGAUUCCCUCCGGACUGCGCUCGGGCCUGCUUCCAGGCCGUCCCGCAGGCCCUAGGAGCGAUGGCCGCUGCGGGUCCUCACCUCUCCCUCAAGUCAUGGAGCCCCCUGUUUCAGGCCGUGGGCGUACUUGGAUGCGCGGUGCUAUUGCCCAAGGCCUCAGCGGCAGACGGGGAUGAGGAAGAGGAGGAGCGGCAGGGCGAGGGAGAGGGGGAAGAAGACGAACUGUGGGAAGUUUUGGAGGCGGUAUGGGAGUUCAUUUUCCUGCAGGUGAUCCCCGAGGCUCUGCCCGCGCUCAGAGAGCAACAUGCGACGAGGCUUGAAGAAGCGUUCCGGGCGCUGUUUGGAUCGCUUGAAAGCCUGUGGCCCCUCUUGACCGGCCCGGCGGCUCAGCGUCGGCGCCCCCGCCUGACGGACGGUUUCUAUCGCUCCCGCUCUCUGUGGCUGCAACCCUUGCUCUCGUGGGUCUCGGCGGCCUGGCUGCCCCGGGUCGCCCGAGAGGCGGCGGCAAUCUUUGUCCAGCGCUCUCUCCUUCCGUUCCUUCACGCCUCGUCGUGCGGUUCAGCCGCAGGCGGCGGCGACGAGAGGGGGGCCCGCGGAGACGACGACCCAAGCGUCGGGGUAAGCCCGCGAAAGACGGUUAGGCUUGUGGGAGACAAGUUGCGCGCUGUGGAGGGCGAGGGAAGGUCCGCGUGGGCGCUGUCAUCGGAGGAGCCAGAGGCUGAUCUGUUGGCGGCGCUCAAAUCGGCCGCCGUUGCGGCUACUGCCAAGGGUACCGCCGUCGACCCCUGCAGUCCGCCGGCAGCAACGGGAGGGGCGGCAGGAUCGAGGGUUGACCCGCAUUCCCCAGCAGCACCAAGGAAUCCUUUCGCGCUCUCCGCCGCACGCCGAGGAAACGGGGGGUCUUCUGCUGCCAGCGGCUGGUCGCGGACACCGUGGGAGGAUAGACUCGGCGUCGGUAACUCAGCCACCCCGUCGUCGGAAUCCGCGGGGCGGCCAUUGUCGGAGUCAGCGUUAGCUCAGAUCACUUACAGCUCUCCCGCAGCAGCGCCAGAACGGACCGCGAGAACACCCGGGUUAAGACGCGGCAGUCACUACCCGAAGGCUGGCGGGAACGAUUCAUCCCAAGCCCGGCAAGGCGGCGGCUCUACCGCAGGCGGCGGAGGCGGCGGCGGCGGCGGCUUCCGCGACUCUCGUGGUCGGAGCACUGCAGCGUCCACCGAAGGGGGGAGCCUCGGCGUUAGACCGGAGAAGACGGCUUCGCGGGCUGUCUCCAACUCGACGGCCAACGACGACGACGAGGUCGGCAGUAGCAGCGGCGCUCGCGGUAGAAAGACGUACGUCACUGCUGCCGAAGCCGCCGCGGCAAGAGCUUCGGAGGCGAAAGCAAACACCGCAAAGGUGGCGGCGGCCGCGGCGGUGGCGGCGGCGGCGCGUCCGCGAGGCUCGGUAGUAGAACGGUGGCGCGAGAUGCAGCGCAGGCAGAUGGGGGAGACAACGGAAGUAGUAGCGUCCGCGCCAGCCGCAUCUCAGAGCCGUUCGCUCCAGCAGCAGCAAGAGCAGGCGAGAUCACCAAGAAAUGCGGCAGCACAGACCACCUCCAAAGAGGCCAGGGCUGCCUUCGCUACAGCAGCGCAAGCAGCAGCGCGCCGCGGCGACUCUCCCGACGGCGGGAACGGAUCGUUGGCCACGACCGUGGCGGGGGCGGCCACGCUCGACUACGCGUCGCUGGCCGAGGCUAGCGCGACGGAGCUCCACAAGCUUGUCCUAUCGUCGUGGACCGUCCCGGAGCUUUUCGCCGCGUCGACGAAGUCGGCUCGGUCAGGGGGGAGGUUUCAGGGCCCCAAGAGGGGGCACGAAGUUGGGCGCUCGUCGUCGAGCAGCCUGUGGCUGUCGAAGGUUCCGACCCGCUUUCAGAGCGUGGAGCAGUACCUCGAGGUCUUUCGGGGCCUGCUGCUCGACGAGAUUUUCGCCACUUUGGUUGCCGCCCUCGACGGUGGUGGCAGCGGUGGUCGUGGUGGGGGGCGGGGCGGCCCCCCGGAGGCAAUGACGCUGCGCGUAGCAUCCUUGGUUGAGGGCGGCAAGGGGGGGUUCGGCCACAUUACCAUGGUCGCGGACGACGGCGGGGGUAGUUCACAUCGGUUCGCUCAUGAUGACGUCCUCCUGCUGUCCCUCGCGAAACCGUCGGACGGGGCGGUCGGCGGCGGUCACGUGAGUGGAGACGGCGGCUCAGCAGCAACCACGACGGCUUGCCUCGGACUCUUCGAAAAGGAGCCCCGCGGAGCAGCCCGCGGGCCGGCCGGGAUGCCGGGGAGCGGGAGGUCGUCGGUUCGGGCGAAAGUGCUGUUCCGAUCUACCGCGCCCGGAGACCGUGGUCGCAAUCGGAGCACGAUCGAAAGAGGCGCAGGGGCCAUUAUCCCGAAGAAAGCCACGGCUGAGAGUCGGGGACAAGGGCAAGGGGAAGAAGAAGCCGCGAGCGCUGUACUGCGGGCGUUCCGAGAGCUGGGCUCACAGGUGCGCGUAACGCGGCUGGAGGGGCUGAGCACGUCGACCCGAGAGUUUGUGGCGCUGGAGGCAUCGCCUCGUGCGGCCCUGUUGCACCACAUCUUGCAGGCGACGUCGGAACCAAGUCUGCAGCCCCUGCAAGAAACCCCUCAAAGGGCGCCCGGAAACUCCACCACCAGCAACGACAACCUCUGGGCGACGAAAUUGGCGCCUCCCUACCUGGUAGACGAAGCCUCGUUUGCGGAUGCCUGCAAGCGACUAUCGUCAGUGGAAGACUCUGCCCUUCUCGGGGAGUCCGGUGCCGGAGGCGGGAGUCCGGCUAUCGCCGCGGGUUUGGCCGCUGACAUAGCGGGGCCGGCGGAGUCGCUGAUGCGAUCGCUGGGGUGCCUUGCCAGCUUCAGGAACGAUUGACCAUCGGUGAUCGGUCCUGUGGGAACAAUGCUCCGUCCUCUCGAGGACGCGUGGUCAAUGGUCUAACCGCUAAGGCAUGCAAAGCAUAAGAGUACG